CUCCAGAAUUAAAGUUGGGACAGUCGCGCUCCGGGGAUGGGUGCGAGCCAACGCCUCUGCAGCCGGCUCGCUCUGCUCCCUCCCCAGGUCGCCCGGAGCCCGCGCCCCCGCCCGUCCGCCCAGGAGGGAUGCUGCUCCGGCAGCUGCUGGGGCUGCUCCGCCGCUGCUGGCCCUCCCUGCUGCUGCACUGUGCCCUCCACCCGCUCUGGGGGUCCCUCCAGAUCACUCAGGGUGAGCCCCAGAAGUCAUGUUCCAAGCCUGUAGCAGAGAAAUUUACAGAGAGCUGCCAGGAAAUUUGCCAGUGCAGGCCACCUCCACUGUUACCACCGCCUCCUCCACCUCCGCCGCCCCCGAGGUUGCUAGCGGUGCCAACUCCCAAGUCUACCUUUUGUCCCACUGAAGAGACCUGGUGGCCAGGCCUGGUUAUUAUCAUUGCAGUAUGCUGUGCCACACUAGUGUUCCUCUUUGUAGUUGUCAUCAUUUGCUACAAAGCCAUAAAAAGGAAACCGAUGAGAAAAGAAGAGAACGGAACCAGUCGGUCCGAAUAUGCAAUGACCUCCUCCCAAAACAACAAAACAGUUGAUAACAAUGCGGUUGUAUAAUCCCCGAAACCCCACCAAGGCGCAGGAGGUGGUAAACUUUCAAAGCACACACAUGGAGUAUGCAAGGUGGGUGAACUGAGGCAACAAGGGGAGCUGUGUGGCCAAGGACAUCAUUGCAGAAACAGCGCACGCAUCAGUGAUCCAGAAGAGAAAAUCAGGCUGGUCUCCAGGCUUGCUGCUGCUCCACGGGAGGAUAAACUCACCCACCUGGGCUGCCCAGAGAAAAGGCCUCACAAAGGCAUAAGCUUUGCAUGCUGUGUCCCAUGAAAGUGAUGUUGCGAUGCCUCCCGCUUCCUCUUCUUCCUCUCUUCCCCUACUUCUACGUUUGAAUUGAGCGUCCCCAAAAAGCUUCUGAAGUGGGAUCUUUUGAGGAGAGGGUGAUCUGCCGGAGUGGCAGUAGUUUAUCAGAGAUGGGUCAGAGGGAGGCGUCUCCCUCUGGGAGGACACUUCCCUCUAAAUUGUAAGAGGUGUCACCUAUGUGCUUCUCCAGCCUGUGCAGUUACAUACGCUGAUGCUUCACUCUUUUCAUUCUUACUAUUUUGUUAUUAAAAAGGGAACAAAAGUUUCUGUUAAGCAAUCAAGCAAAAUUGGUCUGAAUUUGUGACUUAUCCCAGGAAAUUUGUCUGUGGUCUGAUGACUAUGCAGUUUUCAUGGCUGAAGAAAUUGAAAUGUAAGAUUUUUGCAGUUAGCAUUGCUAUUGAAAGAGAUGUUAUUAAGAUGUGCUUUAAACAUUAUUACUUCAUAAUCAGACUCAUUUUUUGCACCACACUUUUAUUUUAUCUUUGAAAAGGUUCCUUUGUGAAAUUCCGUGUUUGAAUCACGCUUGAUUCCCCAGGGAAACUCCUACAGGAAAGAAACAGUUUACAUCUUGGUGCGAGUAUUUGGGCAGGAUUGUGUUGAAAGGAUAAGCAGCCCUUUGAAAUUCUCUUCAUUCACUGGUUAGUGUUCCCUGAAAGUGUUGAGCCUCCUGAACUGAUGCACUGAGGACAUUGCAGGUCUGGCUUGUAGGAACCACUUUUGAGGUUGUGCCACAUUACCUCAGUCUCUGCCUCUCCUGAGCUGAGACUGACGGUGGUGCCAAGUUCAGCAUACAGUUCGGUAUACUUUCCAUGACAUGGAUUGCACACUAUUUAAAGCAAAUUUGAAUCUACCCAAAUUCAUUUCGCGUAGGAUCUCAGGUCAGACUCAGUAAGUAGUGCUUAGGAUAAAGGUGAUGAGACUAGUUGAGAUGCUGGUCUUCCCCUACCUCCUGAAAACUUUCCUUUGUGUCGCACCUCCGCGUGUAUGUCUCCAUUUUCCUCUGUGCUGAAAACAGUGAUGCAGUCAAAGACAAAUUUACACCCUGGCUUCUUGUCUGGACAUAAAACUUUGGUACCACUCGGUCUCCAUGUCUGUGGGUAUCUCCCAGGCACCAGCGCAGUCUCGCACCAGGACCUGGCUGCCCCCCAGCUGUGUUGUCCCUCAGUACUGCAGCACUCCAAUACUUUCAGAUUUAUGCAAGGAUGUGCCUGAACUGCAGAAAUCAGACCUUGAUUUUGAGCGCAUCCCGGCCUGUGGGUAAUCUGUUCCUGGGAUGCAGUUUGGUGUGACGGUAGAGGAAGACGAUAUUCUGCAGAUCUUCCCGAAAAAAGCUCUGGAAUGUUCAAAUCUGCAGUCUCAGCUCAGGCCCAUCUGCAGUUUUCUAUCACCUAUCAAACAAUAGGGUGUAUGUAAAUAUAACUACCUUUUCAAUUAUAAAAUGAAAUGCUGCUAUGUAUUGCUCUUGAGAAAUUUAUGUAGUUAUUCAUUUAGCUUUUUAGUCUGUUAUCACUAUGUUGAAGUUUAACUGCAUAAAUUAAUUUUUUAAAGCUAGACUUUCUUGGGAAGUGAAAGCAAUUGCAAAAGUGAAAGGAGGCAAGUGGCCCUUUGACCACAGGUAUGAUCAUUCCCAGCCACGUUAAUGUUGUGUGCUUGCACAAGACACAGUGAUUUAUUCUUAGAUCCAAAGUGGGAUAAAAAUGACAGAAUUUACAAUUUAAGUCUAGUAUCCCAAAUGUUGAUUGCCAAAAGCACUUAGACCCUUAAUACUAUAAUAAAAAUAUUGCAAGUAUAUUUCUAGAAUAUUUUUAAGCUAUAACAUUUAUUUUCAUGUAGUUACCUAUGUUUGCCUUUCUUUUUUUAUUCCAGUUGUUUCAGCCUAAAUGUGGAAAUGUGGCAUAGUUUGAGACUGGUUGCAUGUUUAUCUGAGAGUAUAAAGUAUGAAUGCGGGUCAGUUUAGCAUAAUGUGGGCUCAGGAUUAGCACUUUUUCCUAAAGGUUGUUGAUUUUAUUUGUUUCCUAAUGCAGCUUUAAAGGCAUGUUCUGUAAGAUCAAAAUUGCAAAAAGGAUUUGUAGGUCAUUAUGUCCAUCAAAAUAUGUCUGUUUUUGCAAAAAAACGAGUAAAAAGAGAUGGUCACCAAACACUCUGAUUUUCAGUGAUACCAGUAGUAAAAUGUCCUCACUAGAGAAGAACCUGGUGCAUGACACAACCCACAAGCAAACCCAGUCCAGGCCUCAUGAAGACUCUUCAGGAGAACGUAAACUUUAAAAACUUCAUGGAGAGUGGAGAGGCAGGGCAUUGCAAGACACAGCACAUGCCACCUAGGAUCUCUUUCCAACUCUGCCACUUAGCUGCUGUUUACUAGCAAGUAAUUUUGCCUCUCUGUGCCUCAGUUUACCCAUCUGUAUAAUCAUGAUAAAAGUAGGUACCAGCUCUGUGGCAGUAUUUUGAGAGAAAUACAUGUGGCUUAUUUGCUAGGUGGAUGUACACUGCCGUUAUAUGAACAUGCUGAUAAAUAUAUGGGCACAUAAUUGCCAUAAAAGUUAUUGAGCAAACAUUCCUUAUGUGUUUUUAUAAUGUGUUGGCCACAGAAAAGCAGCAGCAGACGGGCUGAGAGCUGCUCUUCUGCUUGCCCAGACCCCUUGCUCAGCCCUCACAUCGCAGCAUGGCGGGGAGAGGUGGGAAAUCUUGCAGGGAGUAGUUCUGCCUUUAGAUUCCUGCCCAAGUACAAUUGGCUACAUUGCACCAAAGUGAUCUUGAGAAAAGUGCUUGGAAAAGUAUACUGGAAUGAGACAUAACUCUUCAGAAAAGGGAGGCUGUCACUGAGGAGUGAUUUCUGAGGCUUGCUGAUGGGGUUUAAGGUUGUGUUUGAUUCUCUAAAGACUACUUGCAAAGCUUAUAUAAGAGAGGCUUCUGUGCUUCCUUAUUGUACUAUAAUUAAAUACAAAGGGAAGGGAAUAGGUCAGACACAUAAGCGCUUCACUAAGCAGUGAUCCUGGAUCUGGGGAACUGGCAACCCAAAAUGCAGCUUUACAAGCAUUUUGAGUUCCCUUUUAGCCACUAAAACAUCAGAGGUAGAAAGGGCCUGCCUAGCUCUGUUCAUAAAGUAGUCAGAUCCCCAGCAGAUGUGAAGGUGGCCAGUUUCUACACAGAAGGUACUUGCUGUGCUCUGACCACCACGACACAAACUCAGCAAACUGCUGCCCUCAGUCUGAGGGAGAGCAGCAGCUCCAAAUCUCUUCUCAAGGAUCACCACUAGCAGGGAAUGCAUCUUAAGGGCCUGAGCUGCAAAGUGUUGAGUUUCCUCAUUCCUCACAAGACGGGAAGGUGAAGCUGAAGCCCCAGCCCUGCUGCCCUUCCUGUCCUGCACCUGACACAGCCGUGUGCCCAGGGAAGCAUUUCUGCCUUGGACAGAUGCUGCAAAAACAGACAUGGAAAGAAAGGGGAAAGUUCUACGAAGUAUAAAAUAUAAAUAUACUAUAUAUAUCUAUACAGAGACCUAAUUGUCCAGUCUUGCACGCCGUAUGGUCACAGCAGGUGGAAUAAGUGUGGGCACCCUGCUCCAACCAGGUCAUGACCAUAGAUGCUGCCAAGCAAUGGAGAAUCAGGCCUGUGGUAGAUAUGUAUUUACAAUACUCCCUGCACUUGUACAAACAAAAAUAUUAUUAUUUUAAACUGCAAAAUAGUGUGUUUAAAUCAAUGCAUGAAUGUAAAUAUUCUAAGAUCUGCCUUCUUGACUGUGUACCACAUGUACAGAUGAAAACAAAUAUUGUUUAUAGGAAAUCUGUAUCAGUGGUUAAAUGACUAAAGAGAAAAAAAAAAUCAGAGUUAAUGUUGUCAUGUUUCUCAAACAAGCCAUUAAUGUAUAUUUAGUAUUUAAGGAUAUUGCUCAAUAAGUAUGUUCUGUACCAAAAACCGUGUUGCAUAUACAGAUUGUGCAGUACCCUAUUUUAAAAAGGCACCAUAAUUAAUUUUUAUUUUAAAUAAAAAUGUACUUGU